AUGCAAAGAAUCCCUUCACCUUCGCUUGAACCUCUUAUCGAUUCAAAUCAAAACACAACAGCAGCCCAAUCUUGGGAUCAGCUUCGAAAAGAAGCCCGAACUCUGGAAGGAGAGAUUGAGAACAAACUCGCGGUAUUGACAAAGAUUGGACAAUCCACAGGUCUCGACAAUACAGGACAAGAAUCCGAGACAGAAGACUUGUUGAAAAAGUUACAAGCCGUCAUUACUGGCAUGGGCGAUUUCCUGGACAAACCCAGUGCAACACCCACCAAUCCAUCCAUGAUUCAUUUAUUGAGUCGACACAAAGACAUUUUAUACGACUAUACCAAGGAAUUUCGACGAGUCAAAUCCAACAUCAAGCAAGCAAGAGACAAAGCCAACUUGAUGAACCAAGUGCAAGAUGAAAUCAGAACAUUCAAUUCAGGAAACAGAGAUAAUGCAGACUAUUACCUGACAGAGCGUAAUCGCAUUGAGAGUUCGCAUCGCAUGACAGACAUGGUGUUAGAACAAGCUUAUGCUACCAGACAAGAUGUAUCCAGACAAGGGCGUAUUAUGCACGGAGUGAAUCAACGAGUUGGAGGCAUCGUGAAUCGUAUACCUGGCAUCAAUAAUAUUAUAUCAAGAAUCAAUACGAGAAGAAAGCGUGAUACGUUGAUCAUGGCAGGUGUCGUGUCUACUUGUACCAUUCUCAUCAUUUUGUAUUGGUUGCGUACCUAG